GGGUCCGUCAAAGGUCCUUUGAAUGCAUGUGGCGCGAUAUGGGAAACAGAGGAAAAUAGUUCGACGGAAGGAGAGGCGAGGAUAUUUAUUAUUGCCCUUUUUCCCUCCAGACAUGUUUUCUACAAAACAAAGUUGUUGGUUUAUUCGCAAGGUGGUUUGCUGGAGAGCUGCAGCCAGUAAUGCUUGGGCUGUCCUGUUGCUGCUGCCCAUCACAGCAGUUUUUGUAAUCCUCAGCAGGUUCAGUCUUCUCCACCCCAUUCAGACAAUAUCAGAAUGCACUUCUUUGUUAACCAGUACAAGUGCCAUCUUUUCUUUCAUCCUUCUGUGUGGAGUGAUCCUUAUGGUUGGGUUUCUGAACUUAGAGUAUUAUACAGUCAUUCCAACUGUUGCGUGCUCAAAAAUCGCCCUGUUGGGUCAGCUGCUCCACCCUCGUCAGUUUGUCAACUCCUUAGUCCACUGUAUCAUGGGAAUAAUCAUGGCUUGGUGUUGUGCUGUCACCAUCGGGGGCAGAUAUGAGACGCUCAGCUACCACUGCACACAGAGUGAUGGUUCCCCUCAGAUGUGUCUGAAUGAGUAUCACCUCAUCCUGCUGCUGGCCGGAGCCUUUGUUGGGCUGUCUCACAGCCUGCUAGGCGUGAUCUACAACAUGAACUAUGUCUCUUUCCACACUGUUAAGCAAUACAAAUACCUUUGCUUUAAGGGAUCCCUGCUGUUGGUGGUGAAGUGCAGUGCCACUCAAGCACUUUACUCUGUCAGGAACUACAUUGUUGUGUAUUUCUUUUUAGGAUACAUUCCAAGAACAUGGAUGUGUAAAACUCUGAAUCUUCAUUUGAGCAGUUCUGUCCACCCUCUUGACAGUAUAACUGGGCUAUUGGACCUGUCCUUGCUCUACCACCUGUGGAUCAGUGCUGCCUUCCUGCUUUUCACAUGGUACAUCACACUGCUGCUCUUUAGGAUUUUUGUCACUGAGGUCUACAGUUUUCCUGUGCAGUCCUCUUUUCCUGAGGAUGCCCACCACUGUCUUCCCAAAGUUCUUGCAGACAAGCAGCCAAUGAUAUUAAAGUUUCUAGCUCUACAGGACUUGGCUCUGCUGUCUCAACACUCCCCAUCUCGUCGCUGUGAGGUCUUCAGUCUGAGUCAGCCAGGGGGGCAUCCUCACAACUGGAAUGCCAUCAGUAAGGAGUGUUUGUCUCUGCUGACUGAUCUGACCCAGAGACUUGUGGCCCAUCAUGACACUGUGGCAACCAAUGGCAGGGCCAAAUCACUGUCUUUUGGAAGUGAAAGGAAGACUUCAUCUGAGACAUCAGUUACCUCAGGUGCAGAAGAUCUAAUGAGCCCGAGACCCACUUUGCUGAUGAAAACUCCCACUUCAGUGUUUACCCGCUCCAUUGCUGAAGGCUCACAGAGCAUGCUGACUUCACCAUUCACUCCUGACCUGGACAGCCCCUUUGCUUCUCCAGGCCUGCGGCAUCUCAUUGCUCCCAUAGACCAAGGCUCGCCAUGGUACGGCACAGUGCAGAGCCCACACGUCAUGAGGAGAGCACCAAAACUCUGGUCCACAUCUACAGAUUCACAGAUCAAUGGCAGCCCCCUGCCAUCCUCUGCCUCUGUUCCCAGUCCUAAGAAGGAACCCUCCAAACCAAGUCUCCUGGCUCAGUUCCUCCAGAACAGAAAAGAACAGGUUAAAAAUUUCUUGGCAAAGAGGGUGCUGAUAAUGUAUUUGUUUAAUAAGCUUCCAGAAGCAUCCAGUCAGGCUCUCUUUGCUGACAGCCAGGCUCACAUCUGGGCUUUAGAAGGGCUGUCUUACCUUGUUCAAGCCUCCUUCUCAGAAGACCAGUUUGGGGUUGUACAGACUACAUUACCCAGCAUUCUCAGCUGCAUGCUGGUCUUACAAGAGGCUGUUGACCGCCACUUCAAGCUGCCUCAUGCUUCCAGUAAGCCUGUCAGGUCAACCAGCGGCAUGGGAGACUCGACUUACAAAACACUGCGCUUUGCUCUCAGGGCCACACUCAAGACUGCCAUCUACAGGAUAACAACCACUUUUGGAGAUCACUUAAAUGCUGUUCAGAUGUCUGCAGAGCACCGAAAAAGACUGCAGCAGUUUCUGGAGUACAAAGAAUAAGACACCUGAUACUCAGUUCCUGUGCCUUCAGUUUUUUUUAUUAGUGUGACUGAACACAUGAAUGUAAGUGAGGCAACAAGUGAAAGCCCAUGAUCACACCUCUUUUAAUAUUUAUGUUUGCACUAUAAUGUGGGAGGUUGUAUUUGAUAGGCUAGAUCAUAUCUCUUGCAUGCAUGUAGUGAGGACAGGACUCCCAACUAACAGCCUGUACCAGGUUACAAGAGACUGUCACACCUGUGUUUGGGAGAUUUAGACCAGCUGACUGCAUGGAUGAGCAACUCAUUCCAGAUGAUAGUUUCACAAAACCAUAUCAUGAUGUUAUUUGAUUUUUGGUAACUGGAAUGAGCUGUGAAGGGCUGUUUCAUAGGUCUGGUCUUGUUCUAGAUAUCAGCCUGGAAAGCUGGUUUACAGCUAUACACAACAGUUCAGGUUCUCCAACUAGCACAGUAAAUGACUUGUUUUUGUCAGUUCAUGUGAAAUAAGACAUUUGUUGGAUAUAGAUGGAUAUUUGGUGUGAUUGGGUAAAUGUCUUGUCACUGCCUAUGACAUCUGUUGAAUAAAAACAUCGUUAAAAGGUCA